CAACAUUAACGAAAGCACAACAACAUUAACAAACCGGAAAAGGUAGGUCCCAGUGGGAAAACCUGGGAAAUCGCUGAUUGGACGACGCCACUUUUGGCUUUUGAACCGGAAGUUAUGGCGUGCGCUCGGCGGCAAGACAGUCAUAUCGCUAUGUAUUGUCCUAACUGCGGGAAAGAGCUGGUUGAGCUGUCACCAAACUUUUGCAGCAACUGUGGCAAGAGGAUUCAAGAAAUAUGUGUCGGAAGUACUCCACAGCCUUCAACACGACAGACUAUUCCACCCUGCCCGACUCCAGCCUUCAGCACCUUCCUAGAAUAUCAACAAAAGAAAAACGAGGAGCGGCAAAAGUAUUCUGUAGGGAGAAAGGGGUUAAAGCACAAGGAAAAAAUAAAAGUUCGGAUAAAUGUUGGCUUGAUGGUCAUUCAGAAGGGUGGUCUAAGGCCACAACGUGGAAAAAAUAUUUCCCUUACAACAGACCCAGACAUCUCUGCCACAACUCUGCUUAGUCAGGCUGUUAAAAAAAUGAAGGACUUCAACAAAGAUAUAAAAGAUGGGCCUUUCCUUCUUCUGUAUCCAGAUGGGACAGAGGUUAUUAAUAUCCCUGGGACACAAAGACCUUUUACCCUUGGUGCUUAUAAGGCUGAAGUUGGCAAGCCAUAUCAAAGGAUUACUGUUUUCAUCUGCUUGAAAAGGGACUUUGAAGAAGUUGGAAAUUUGUCAGACUUGUCUGACUCUGACCCAGAGAUUGUUAUUAAAAAAUCCUCAGAGUUUGAUCUUGCUGAUACACUGCCAUGGGAACCUCUGGAUGAAAGCAGUCCUUUACAACAAGUGGCAGAAACAGAGGAUGAUGUUGGGGAUCUAGUGCUUUCAAAUGAAGUACAACAGGAUAUAGAUUUGGAUAACAGAAAAGAUCCAGGCACCCGUGAAUGUCUCACUGUCCAGAGCUCCUGUUACAGAAACUACACCAACCUGUUUGAACCCAUUCUGAUUGACGACGAAGACGAUGUUGAAGAUCUUACUCAUGACAAAGAGAAAGAGCUGCCUACAGAAGAGCCUGUAAAAACAAAUGUGCAGGCACAUGAAAUUAUUGCACAUCUGGCACUGGCAAUUGACCGCAAGAAGGUCAGCAGGUUCAAUAUAUGUCGGUCAGAUGUAUGGGAUGGAGCUGUUCGCGGAUUUCAACGCAGCACGUACUCUGACAGCAAUGACAUGUUCAUCAAGUUUAAUGACGAUGCUGGCUGCUUUGAAGAAGGGUUGGAUACAGGCGGCCCAAGGCGUGAAUUCCUUACACUUCUCAUGAGCCAUCUGAGAAAUCGCCCCAUCUUCGAUGGACCCCCAGAAAACCGUUAUCUUGUCUGCAAUUCAAGAGCUGCCAGGGAAGAUGAGUAUUUUUUAGCAGGAAAGAUGAUUGCUGUAUCCAUUGUACACGGGGGACCAGCACCACAUUUUCUCUCAAAGAACCUGGUCAACCACAUGAUAGGGAAUCCAAGUUUCAGCGCAACUGUAGAAGAUGUGCAAGAUGAGGAGAUAGGGAAAGUUCUGCAGCAGGUCCUGGAAGCAGAAUCAGAGGAAUCUCUGCAAAAUGUAAUUUUGCAAAACAGUACCAUGUUCCAAACUGCUGGAUGCCUCAGAAGUGUGAAGACAUGUGAGAAGCAAGCUUUUGUGGAGGAGUAUCUCAGAUGGUACUGA